AUGACGUUAAUAUUCAAAAAUGGACGCAUCUUUGUGCCCUCGCAAUCCUCCCCAAAUGAUGGCAACGAGUUUGCGCAAGGCAUGAUCAUACAGAAUGACAGAAUCUCUCACGUCGGGUCUCUCGAUGAGAUAAGAAUGCCAGACGAUGCAACUGUCAUUGACCUGAAAGACCGCAUUGUCAUCCCAGGCUUCAUCGACGCCCAUGUACACAUUCUACACUAUGGGCAUUCUUUACGCAAGGCCAACCUCAUCGCCUGCACCUCCCUCGAGGAAAUCCGCGAAACUAUCAAGUCCUACGCUAAGGCCAACCCCACCAUCCCUCGCAUCUUAUGCCGGGGCUGGAUCCAAUCGUCUACCAAUGGAGUCGCACUAGCAAGCAUGCUAGAUGAUAUCGACCCACGUCCCAUUUUUGUCGACGCCUUCGACCUCCACUCAAUGUGGUGCAGCUCAGCUGCCCUCGAUGAGAUGAAAGUCCAUAACGCUCCCGACCUGCCCGGUGGAAAAAUCCAUCGUGACGAAAAUGGGAGAGCUUCAGGCCUACUUGACGAAUCUGCUGUUAUGAACUUCGCAUUGCCUUACAUGGAAAGCAUUACCUCCAUGGAAGACAAGCUGAAUGCAUUGGAUACUGCAGUUCGCACGUACACUGCCGCCGGAUAUACCGGACUAGUAGAUAUGGCCAUGGAUGAAGGCACCUGGGAGAUAUUGAAUCUCUACCGUCGCGACCAUCACAUCCCAUUCCAUAUCGGCGCACACUGGCUCGUCCCUUUCUCCGAAGACCAAGAGGCCAAUUUCACAUACGUGGAUCGCGCAAUCGAGUUAUACCACCAGUACGACCAACCAGACUUCUGUAUCCUCGGAAUCAAGCUCAUUUGCGAUGGCGUUGUCGACGGUUGCACUGCCGCUCUCCUGCAAGCAUACACUGGCAAAUCCGAUCCAGUCGAGCCAAUCUGGCCAGAAGAUAUGCUACAGGAAGUCGUCCAACGUGCCGAUUCCGCAGGCCUCCAGUGCGCAAUCCACGCAAUCGGCGAUAAAGCAGUCCACCAAGCCAUCAACGUACUAUCAAGAGUCGGCACGCCAGGCCGGAGACACAGAAUCGAACACCUCGAGCUGACAACCUCAGAAGACGCCCAGCGUCUCGGCCAACUAGGGAUCACUGCCUCGAUCCAGCCUGUGCAUUCAGAUCCUAUUCUUUUCAAGGCGUGGCCCAGUCUUGUUGGCCCGGAGCGCUGUAAGCGAGCUUUCGCCUACAAGGAAUUUUUGGACGGCGGUGCUCCUAUUGCUAUUGGCACCGACGCUCCUACUGCUCCGCACUUUCCUCUCGCGAACCUGUAUAAUGCUACCACGAGGCGCUCGGCUAUUCAGGCCGAGACCGAGGAUACUGUUAAUCCCGAUUUUAGGCUGAGUUUGGUGGAAGCGGCUACUGCUGCUACGACGGGUGCGGCUUAUGCACGGUCUGCGGACUCUUGGACCGGGUCUCUGCAAAAGGGGUUAUAUGCAGAUUUCUUGGUUGUUGAUAUGCAGUGGACGCCGGAGAAAUUGCUUGAGGCGAGAGUUUGCCAGACUUGGUAUCGUGGGAAGAAGGUAUUUGAUUCGCAGUGA